CCCAACUUUAAGUUAGGGAUGAGCUCCAGAGAUAGCACUGACUCUAGAAAUAUGUCAGAUAUUAAACCAAACAAAAUUACUCAAGAGUCUAAGACAGCUGGGGCUUCUAGAACAGGCAUAAGGUCAAAGGAUGACCAAGAUCCCAAAUAUCUGCCAGACUCAAAAAUCAAUCUUCAAACUAGCCCAACUGCAGAAUGUGGGAUUGCUUCUAGUUCUGAUGUCUCUUCCCAUUAUAAAGCUGAGCUAACACAGUCAACUUCUAUAUCUACUUUAACAACCUCUAGCUCUAAAGUAGACCUUGUCAGAUCUGUUUCCCCAUCAUCCAGUCUGUCUAGGACCAAAGAUGGCAACCUCAAGUCUUCAGCAUCCAGUACCAAACAAGGUACGAACCCUAAAGCUGGAUCAAACAUUCCCAAGUCUGGACCAGUUCACCCUACUUCAAAGCUAGCUUUGAGGGAUUUGCCCUCUUCCUUGACACUGUCUCCAAGACCAGGCUCAGCAAGUAGGAGUCCUGGAUCUUGUGCUGGGAAAACUCUUGAUUCAAAUCCUGUUGGACCACACAGAGCUGCCCAGAUAAGCCCUGGCUCUGCUUCAGGUGUUUCUGCAAUUUCAGGCCCACUGGCUACUUCCAGCCCCAAAACCAGAACCACCAUUCCCUUGACUACAAUGGGAGGAUCCACAAAUGAACCUGCAGCAUGUGUAACUGUGGAAACAAACCCCAGCGGUGUAUCUCAUAAUACCUCUCUGACUCGGGGUCUCACUUUUGAUUCUAUCACUAAGACACAAGCAAAAAUGGGUGCUGACGUCAAAGAAAAGCAUUUAAAAGUGCCUGAGAGAAAAGCAGCAGCUGUAGGAGGAACAUCAGCAUCCCAGGGGGCUGUGACUGACAAUCCAGCACGGUCAACAGGAGGUGGUGCAAGGAUACCAGAGGGUCUGCUGAGUAAACCUGGCCACCUGGGAGAGCCAAAUGCCACAACUGCUGGUAGCAACAUCCCAUCAUCGAGGACAGAGAGUGUGGAGAGUAAAAGCACAGAGAAAAAGAAACAAGAGAGGGGGAGACAGAGAGUGGAUCAGGGUAGUUCUCUUUACCCUGUUUCCACCAUUACAGCGAACCACAAGAAGGUCAGGGAUAUGGCAACCAUGACUGACCCAAGGGAGAGGCUUUAUCCAUUGGCAGGAGGGCAAAGAGAAGUUGCUGUCCAAGUGGAGGUGGAGGUUGUGGAACGGUCAGCAUCCACCAGUCCCAGCUUCUACCAGGGAGGUAUCACGUCCUCUCUCAUUGGCUCACCUAGCUGUCAGUCAGGUAGUUUGAUUUCACCAACAGUUCCAUCCCUUUGCUGUAUCCCAGCUGGUCAGAAACCUGUCCAGCAUAUCUGCAAGAUUGACAUUGAGUUGCGUAGCCAGUCAUUACUUCCGUCAGCUGUGACAAACAAGGCAAACUCCCUGCCUGCCUGUUUGCGUACGUACAGCUUUCAGAAAAGCCCUGCUCUCGUGUUGGCGCAACAACUAGGACAAAACCAAGACAGAGUCGUUAGCACUGACAGCAUGUGGAAAUAUGAGGAGCAAGAGGAGACAAAGAUGGUGCACAAGGAGGUGGAAGAAAAUGGGGAUAAGGAGGAGACAGAAAAGCCACAGGAAGUAGCAUGGGAUGAGCAAGGGAUGACAUGGGAGGUGUAUGGCGCCUCAGUAGACCUGGAAUCUCUGGGCACAGCAAUCCAGUCACACUUGGAGUCAAAGAUUCGGGAGCAGGAAAAACACAUCAGGAGCCUGAGGAAGUCCAUCUGCUCUGACAGUAGUCUCAAAGGGAUAAAGAUGAAGAAGAGGAAGAAGAGGAAAGGAGGGAUUCUGAGUUGCUGCAGGAAGGCAUCCGCUGUGGCAGACUGA